AUGGCAGACCCUCGAAGCUCCCCUGUAAUACCAUCCCCGCCACCUUCGCUACCGAGAUCCAACUCCAUGAUGCUCUACUACGGCCUCGUCGUCGUCGCAACAGCGGCCGUCGUGCUCGUUCUCUACAACCUCGUCAUCCUAAGAUGGUGUGCCGAUCACAGGCCGCCGCGGAGAAGCAGCCGCAGACAGCAGCACCCCACCGUGACGUGGAGGAUCAACGACUCCCCGGCAAACUUGGUCGCCAGCUUCAAGUACGAGGGUGAUGGAAAGGGGCAAGAUGGUGAUUCCGAAUGUGCAGUUUGCCUAUCAGUGUUUGAACAAGGUGAAGAAAUAAGACAACUGCCUAACUGUAAGCAUUACUUCCAUGCACCUUGUAUUGAUAUGUGGCUCUACUCCCAUAUGGAUUGCCCCCUUUGCCGUUCACCGGUGAAGGCCGAGCCACCGCCGCCGCUCCACCGCUCGGAAGCUGCAGCGGAGGAGUCGGAGCAUUCUCGAGAAGUGUUGCUAGGUCCGGGCGCAUUAGUUUAGAAGCCUUUCUAGUUUGCAGUUGUUAGACAGGGUUAAGUAACAAAUUAAGAAAUUCUGUAGCAUUCAAAUCUGUAGAUUGGCAACAACAUGGCACAAUGAAAAUGCUUGUGUUGCACCGAUAGACAAAUUAAUUCUUAAUAAUUGUAAUCUUAUUGAAGCAAAGCUGUACCAAACCAUGUAUUUCAAUAUCUUCACAAAAGUUACAAAGCCAAAUAGCAUUGUUUGGUCUCA